UGUAGCAGACAAGGAAAGGAGCGCCGUCGAACAGCCGAACAUAAGGGCUUCUCCACAGAGCCGAACCUACUUUGGGUUCAGAAUGUCACUUCUAGCUGUUUUAGUCCUUUUGGGGACUGGAAUGGCAGUAAACAGCGAAAAGCACUCCCUCACCUACAUCUACACAGCCUUCUCCAAGCCAGUGAAUCUCCCAGGGUUGCAUGAGUUCACUGCUAUGGGUUUACUGGACAACCGGAUGAUUGACUACUAUGACAGUGAGAACCAAAUAAAAGUUCCCAAACAGGACUGGAUGAAAGAGCAUCUUGAACAAGAGUACUGGGAGAAAGGCACCCAGUCCAGAAAGAGCAAGCAGCAAUGGUUCAAGGUCAACAUCGACAUAUUGAUGAAACGAAUGAGACAGAAUGACACAGACACCCAUAUUCUUCAGUGGAUGCAUGGCUGUGAGGGUGAAACUCAGUCUGAUGGCUCACUGAAGUUUGUCCGUGGGAUGGACAUGUACAACUAUGAUGGAAACGACUUUCUGUCCUUUGACGAUGAUGAACAGGUUUGGGUUGCUCCCAUUCAUGCAGCAGAAGAAACCAAGAGGAAGUGGGAUGAGGUCCAGGUGCUGAAGGAAUACACCAAGGGCUACCUGGAGAAGGAGUGCAUGGAAUGGAUGAGCAAGUUUAGAGACUUCGGGAAAGAGCAGCUUCUAGAAGCCAGUCCACCUACAGUGCAUUUGUUCACUCGUAAAGCCAAGUCUGAGACAAACACAAUUUUGACAUGUCUGGCUACGGGUUUCUUACCAAAGGACAUCACUCUGUAUAUCAAAAGAAAUGGACGUGUCCUGACUCUAGAGGACGGGUUGGUGACCACUGGAGUUCUCCCAAAUAAUGACAACACCUUCCAGAGAAGAGAUCAUGUAGAGAUUUUGAAGUCUGAUGUUUCCAUCUACACCUGUGAAGUUAAUCAUCGUGCCUCUAAAAUGCGUGUUGAAGAGAAAUGGGAUCACAUUAUUGUGGAAGACAAUAAGAAUAUGCCCAUUGUCAUUGGUGCUGCUGUCACUAUUGUGAUUGUGGUUGCAGUCAUUAGUGGGAUACUUAUUUACCUUAAGAAGAAGACACACCGACUUGAUUGCCCUGAAGGCUCAACUCAUUCAAGUCUAGAUUCUGUGACCACCUCCAGCGACAAUGGUGACCUUGAUAGCCAAAAGAAGGACAUCACAUCACCACUCUUGAACGGAGGCAAAGAUCAACCAGUCACCGAUAAAAACACACCUGAUGAAAAUCAAAAACUCCUUAAUGGUGAUUCAUCCUCCAAUCCAAGUCUGGAUUCUGCGAUCACCUCUGCUUCCAGUUUCACAGACUCCUCUGGAACAGAUCAACCAGUCACCGAUAAAAACACACCUGAUGAAAAUCAAAAACUCCUUAAUGGUGAUUCAUCCUCCAAUCCAAGUCUGGAUUCUGCGAUCACAUCUGCUUCCAGUUUCACAGACUCCUCUGGAACAGAUCAACCAGUCACCGAUAAAAACACACCUGAUGAAAAUCAAAAACUCCUUAAUGGUGAUUCAUCCUCCAAUCCAAGUCUGGAUUCUGCGAUCACCUCUGCUUCCAGUUUCACAGACUCCUCUGGAACAGAUGGAAAUUCCAGAGAUCCAAAGCCAGCAAAUGAAAUUAAUCUGCUGCAGCAAAAUUUGCCUCCGUCUUCUCCAUUUACUGGGCCACCUGCGUCUCCACAACAUCCACCAGAGUUGCCUUUGGAUGAAACAAAUCUUCAGGCUAUAUUAGCAAAACUAUACAGCAAGGUUGAUAUGACUUUCUCUCCUACAAGCAACCAAAUAAAUGUGUGCAGAGACAGGAUUUUAGAAUGGAGCCUGCAUGCCUUCAGAAGACGCCGUUUUGAUCCAGCAGCAAAACUGAAUGUUAUUUUUGUGGAUGAAGAGGACAAUGCUGAAGGGGCAGUUUAUGAAGGUGGUCCCACACGGGAGUAUCUAAGACUGUUAAUGAGGGCCAUUCAUCAAUCUAAUGUCUUUGAGGGGCAUGAGAAUAACCGCCAUCUAGCUUUGGACACUAGUGGGCUGGAGUCAAAAAUGUACAACUGUAUUGGAAAAAUGAUAUCAGUCUGUUUGGUGCAUGGAGGCAUUGGACCACAUUUCUUCUCUCAAAGGCUGUAUGACCAGAUUUGUGGCACAUUGUCUCAACCUACCCUGGUUGAGGAAGUUGUUAACCAUUCAUUCAGACAGCAGUUGAUCAAAAUUCAGGAUACAAACACAAUCGUGGAGGCAAACGAAGCCAUUAUGCAGGCAGCAGAUACCCUGAGCACUGUGGGAACAUUAAGGCGUGUAACUACUCUGGAAGAGAGGGACUCCCUUGUGCAAUCUGCUGCAGACUACUUUGUAAAUGGUCGAGUGUGCACUGCAUUGCAACAGUUUAUGGAAGGUUUGAAGACUCUUAAUGUGCUAGACGAGAUUCAGAAAAACCCUGCAGUCUUUCAUGAAUUGUUUGUCUGUGAGGAGAAACCACUCUCGGCACGGGACCUGAACACACUUUUCCAAGUGUGUUUUUCUGUGCAAGGCAGCAAUAAAAGGAGGAUAGAAAAUCAAACCAUAUGCUACUGGAGAGACUGGUUGGUGGAUAUUGAAGAAGAAGAAUGCAGUCCCAUUACCCUUAAAAUGAUACUGGAGUUCGCUUCCGGAGCAUCCACAGUACCUCCACUGGGCUUUCCCCAUCGUCCAAAAAUUGAAUUCCUCCAUGAGGCUAACAGAGUCUUCCCAGAAGCAAAUACUUGCCUUGUAGUACUCCGCCUUCCUGUACACCCAGACUAUGAGUCUUUCACAAAGCACAUGACAGACGGGGUGCUGCAGGCACCUACUUUUGGUGUUGCAUAAUCAGCUAAGUGUAAUAAACAGUUCUUUUAAAAAAGAGUUGGAACGUUUUGAAAAGUUAAGUGUUUUAAAGCAAGUUAUAGUAAGGGUAAUGUAAUGGCCAAACUUGGAAAAUAUUGAAAUGUAAUGUAAUUGCUUCUUCUUUUUUUUCUUGCAAAGAAUAGAUGUCUUAUUAACCACUUUUUGGUUUCAUAAUUUAAAGGUGGAUGUUUGAGCCACACUGCAAAAACAAAAGGUCUUAUCAAGUAUUUUUGGACUACUUUCUAGUGCAAAUUUCUUAGUACACUAGAGAUAAAACUAAUAUACAUGUAACUUUUCAUCAAGAUAUGAGCUUGUUUUAAGUCUAAUUAUUUAGCAUUGUUUAAAAAAUAGUCACAUUGGCAUAUUAAUUUCACUUAUAACUGGACAUCUUUCCCUUGCUAUAAGUGAAGUAAUCUGACAAUGUAAUAAGUCCUUCUUCAUCAAUAUUAAGGAAAAAAUGACUUAAAACAAGCUCAUAUCUUGAUGAAAAGUUACUUAUAUCUUACUUGUGUCUUAUUUGAAGUGUAGAAAGAGUUUUGCACUGGAAAAUCUUUGGUAAGAUUUUUUUGUUGUUUUUUCUGUGUAAAUGGGCAUUGUAGUUUAAUCUUUUGUAAUGAUUGUUCUAGUUCAUGUAAUGCUCAUUUGGAUUAAAAACAAAAUCCAAUUCUAAAGAUGCUCAAAGGCUCCAAAAUAUACAUUUGAAAAGGGGGUUGGGAUAUACUAGUCAUUUCUACAUGAACAUUUCCAAAAGUAGAAUUUUUAUUGUUCUUUCCCUCUCCAGAAUGUGUAAUUAAUUUGUCAUGUCUUUAAACACCUGAACAUUUUAUAAUUAAAUUUGUAAGGUUACUUACUCAUAUCAGUUCUGAGUUUUAUUUGUAGUAAUUGUAUCUUUAUAACAAUGCAUUUGAUCAAAUGUUCUUGAUGUUUGUCACUCCUCAAACAUAGUGACAUGUACUUAAAUCAAUAAAGCAUUUGCUAUUUCUGCACAA